AUGUCGUGUUUUGGGUGGGUGCUCAUCAUUUUUUUGUGGGUGCUCAUUGUUUUUGGUUGUGGUGCCAUUGUUGUGGGGUUGUUGGCACAUGUUGUGGUCAUUGUCGAUGUGUCAUCGCCAGUUUGCAUUGUAGCAUUCUUGCGCCAUGUCGACAUCUGUGGUGACGUGGCACUGGCGCCCAUGACUGGGCACAGUCCCUCAUUUCCUUGUUCAUUUUGUUUGGCAUGCUGCUUCGGUGAUGUGGCUGAGAGCGGUGGCGAUGGCCGAGAGUGGUGGUGGUUGCAGGACGUUGGUGGUGUCCAGUGGAAUCCAGUGGACUCUGACUGGACUCUUAGUCCACUGUACUGGGGCUGGACUCAGAAGAGUGGCUUGCAGUCCAUGGACUGGGCAUUAUGCAAGCCAAUCUGGCCUAGCAACUGGGGCACUGGAAUCCACCGGAGUCCACUGGAGUCCACUGGAAUCCACAUGGAUUAUGUGGGGGAGGCUGUAACUGUUUGUAGUGGAGGGCCACAUGCCUGUACCAACUACUUCCCUGCUGUCAUCUCUGCUGUCCCCUCUGUCUUCACCAUUAUCACCUGCAACCAAUUGUCCCCCUGCCCUUUAUCUGUAUCACCAUGUUUUACACACACUACUGCAGUUAACCGUCAAUUACCGAUUUUAGAUGGUCUUGUGCUGACUACUUGUCCUCAGAACACAUGUCAAACUACUCAUAAUAUGCAUCCAUCUUCCUUCCAUCUGUCCUCCAACUCUUCUAGUGACGAAUCACACACAUACAUUCCACAAAAAAUGUCGUCAACUGCUUCUGUCGAAUCCACAAGUGGAAAGGCUCCUGUACUGACAGGCAGGGAUGUUACCCCUGCUGUCAUAAUGGAGUUUGAAAAUACAUGCCAUGAUUUCUUUGAAGCAAAGUCUGUCCUGGUGGAUAAGCAGGUCACUUUCAUCCUUCCCAGUAUCAAGGACUUCUGCAUUCGUAACUGGAUUGCUGCCGAUCGCGCUACUAUUGUAGCUCUUCCUUUUACUUUGUUUAUGUCCCAACUCUGCAAGAACUCUCUUCAUCCAGACUGGGAGGACCAUGUGUGUGACGAGAUCCUGAAGUCACGCCUUGAACCUAACAAAGAGUCCUUUUGGGCAUGGUCACAAAACAUCAUCAAAUUGAACUGCUUGUUGAGGGACACCACCUCCCUUGUUGACGACGCCACCCUAUGUAAUCAGCUUGAUGCUCACCUCAAUGAUGACUUGAAGGACCAUGUUAAACAUAGCAAGGCAAAGAAGGAGAAAACUCUCAAGUUGUGGGUUGACACUGUGCGCUGCUUGGACGAAACAUGCAUUAGUGAAAACAAGCGUCACCACAAUCUCAUAGAGGAAUCUCUCAACCAAUGUUUCCCUCAUGGAAAAGAUUAUAAGACCUUAACUACCGCACACACUUUAGCGGCUUUGGCUGCAAAUAACACAAAAAAGGGAAAAUCAGGUGCCACUGCAACCACAUCUUUGAAGUCAGCUCCUAAGGCUGUUGCUGCAACGGCUCCGUCUUCUGAUGAAAAUGGACUGAUACCUGGGUGA